AUUUAUUAAUUAAUAUUGAUAGCAGCCUAACAUAACUAGCAAGCAAGCAAACAAACAAAUAAGCACAAUUAUUCUAGAUAUAAAAAGUUAUUCAAAAGCAAACAAAUAAUAAAUAUAUACAUCAUGAACAGAUAAAAUAAGUUUAAUUUGUAAAAUCAGCAAUAAUAAUUUUAAUAAAACUGGCGAUAUAAUGAGAGUGAUGAAGAAGGAAUGUAUUAUGAAGAAUAGCAAAAUGAUAUUGAAUUUGAAAGGUAAAGUCCUUUAGCGUAUAAUAACUACAAUACAUUUAACAAUUAGUAGUAAAAUUUAACUAAUCAGUUUGAAAAUUAAAAUUAAUAUGAUGAGGAAUCUUUGAUAAUUGAAAAUCCUUUGGACUAGACACCUAUUUAAGUCAUGAUAAGAGUUCGUCCAUAAUUUAAUAUUGAUUCAUAAUCAGCUUUAAAAAUAGUAGAUAAUAAUACAAUUUAUAUCAACAACAAUGAAAAUGUUCACUCAUUCAAAUAUUCCAGGGUAUUUAAACCAAGUGAUAGCUAAGAAACUAUUUUUAAAUAUGUUUGUGAACCCAUUCUUUAGCAUGCUAUCUAAGGUUACAAUGCGUCUUUUUUGGUUUAUGGAUAGACUGGAACAGGUAAAACACAUACGAUGGGUUUGCAUCAAAACAAUUUGUUAGAAGAACCUGGUAUGAUUUAGCAUUCUUUAAAAUUCUUGUUUGACCACUUUAAUAACAGUCAACUAAACCCUGAAGAUUGGUCUAUCAGUUUGAAUUUUAUGCAAAUAUAUAUUGAAGAGAUUUUCGAUUUACUAAAUCCAAAUGGAUAAAAAUUGUAAAUUAGGGAGGACUCUGAAAGCAACGAAGUUUAUGUCUAAGAUUUAAUUACAGUUCCUAUAAAAAAUAUCGAUUAAGCUAUAAAAUUAAUUGAAGCUGGUUUAAAUUAGAGAAUGUUGGGUCCAUAAAAUAUGAAUUAAUAUUCUAGUAGAUCUCAUACAAUUUUAAAUGUUUACGUAAAUCAAAGAAUCUCAUAUAGUGAAUACAUUGUUUCAAAUAUAGCUUUUGUCGAUUUAGCAGGUUCAGAAAGAAUUAAGAAAUCAAAUUCAACAGGAAUAAGAAUGGAGGAAGCUAAAAAGAUUAAUAGUAGUUUAAGUGCUUUAAGCAAUGUAAUUUCAUUAUUGGGAAACUCUAAUCAACAGUAUAUCCCUUAUAGAGAUUCUAAGCUUACAAGAAUUCUUUAAAAUUGUUUGAAUAGUCAAAGUAAAAUAUCAAUUAUUGGAACAGUUGAACCUUCUGAAGAUAAUAGCUUUGAAACCUACAGCACAUUACUCUUUGCUUCAAGAUGUUAGGAUAUUUAAUUUCUUCCUUAGUAAAACCUUCAAAAUAUCUUCACCAUGAAUAGCGAUCCUUAAGAAGAAAUUUAAAAUUUAAAGGAUUAAAUCAAAUAUUAUCAAAGCAAAAUUAAAAAAAUGUCUUCUUCUAUUUCUUCUGAUGGGACUAAGUUUGCCAAAUAAAUAAUUGAAACUCUGAAAAAACCAUUUACUAAACUAGGAAGAAACUUAAAAUAAGCUCAGAAAAUGAACGAGUAAUUGCAUUCUUAAAUGAAAAACAAAAAAAAUACCUCAUAUGAACCUAUAGGGUUAUAUUAAGCUAAAAUUCCUUUUGAGGAAAUGAUGUAAAUGAUCAGUGAUGGCAAGGAACAGGAAUUCUUGAAUUUGUUUGAAUAAACUUUUGAAGAUAUUUUUUAAAAAUACGGAUAGAUUUCUUUGGAAUUAGAGAAAUUAAAGGAAGUAAAUUUAGCUAAUUAAAACUAGAAGACUGAUGAUCAUCAGUAAUUAACAUCAAGCAGACCAAAUACAAAAUUGGCUACUGAAUUAAUAGAAUAUUAUUCAGGUUUCAGUCAAACAUUACUAAAAUAAUUGUUGGAAUCAGAAUAAAUAGUAGAUACAAAUGAUAGAGAUCUAUUAGAGAAAAUUGGGGAAUUCAAUUAAUAAACAUAACUUAAACUAAAAGAUAUAGUAAAAAAACAUAAUAUUAAAGAAUUAAUUUAGUAUGUAGACACUUUGAAUGAAACAAAUUAUGAAAAAAUUGCUAAAUCUGAGUCAUACAGAGUUAAAUAGCUUGUCUUAUAACUCAAGAAAAAAAUAGAAGAUACUGCUCAAAAAAAUAAUGAUAAAUCUAAUACAAAUAUAAAAGACUUCUUAGAAAAGUAGAGACUUAUAAAUGAAAAAAAGUUUAUGAUUAAAUAGAGUGGAACACCUCUUAAUAAUUCAUAAAUUAUAGGAGAUAACAGCAGUAGCAUGAGCUUAAGAAGUAAUUCAAGUAGUAAUAAUUUGACAUAAUAAUAACAGCAACAACAAUAAUAAUAAAAUCAAGUAAAUAACAUCCCAAAAGGACCAUCAAACUUAAAGCAGAUGAUGAAUGAUUUGAAUUAAAAAAACAAGUAAUAAACGAGCAAUUCAGUAAAUGAAAAUUAAGAGAACUUUUCUUCAUAGUAAGAAGGCUGUUAUAAUAGUAACAAUAUUAAUAAUAGCUAAAGCAAAAAGUAAAGCUCAACUCCUAUACAUAUAUAAAGAGUGAAAAUACUAAGUGAAGAUUAAAUUGAAAAAAACCCAUAAAAUAACUUUGUAACAAAUAAGCUCACAGAAUAAAAUACAAAUAUUACUAAAACAGAAAAAUAGAAUAUAAGUGAAAAGAAAAUUGUUUAAUAAGCCAACUAAAAUCUGAAUAAAGAAAUGUAAUUUGAUAGAAGUUCUAGUUCAGGCUCAAAUAAAAUAGAUUAUAACACAAAUAGCUUAUCUCCAAUUCCAUAAGAAUAACAGUUGAAUAGUCAAUUAAAAUCUUGUAAUUUCUAUAAAAAAAAUUAAAAAUACUCUCCUUUUACAGAUAACUGA